AUGACCGAAGCACAAUCCCCCAGCUCAUUCGAGCAGCUCAAGGCCUACCCUUUUACCUCCGACCCCGAGUUCGCAAAUGGCUUAGCCAUCAUCCUGGGCCAUGCCGGCACGCCAGCCUCGGAGGCGGAGAUGAGCCGGGACGAUGAUCUUGUCUUGCAAGCUAAAUGUUUCUUCUUUUCGAGGAAGCAAAAAAUCACACCUCCUAUCAACUUUGCCACAUACAAAGCUUGGUUGACCGGGGCAUCGUCGGAGUCGAACGCUGCGACAGCUGUAUCGGAACAACCCCAUGAACCCUCAACUGAGACUACUGUUGCUAGUACCGAAUCAUCUACAUCCGCAGAACCUGCCUACCCAACUUCAUUUGCACACAUUGUGGAACUCAUCACAACUGGUCAACCAAUUCCUGGUAUUCAGCAGAUCCCAGACACGGUAUUGGAGGGACAUGAUCUCUCAAGUGAGAAGCCACGCCGGCGAAAGCCUUGGGAGAAGGAUGUCCAAGAGAAGGAACCCGUACAGGAGGAGAUGGCAAGCAACGCUGCUUGA